UAGUCCUUUUCCUACUUUGUAUUGGUUAUUUCGUCCCUUUAUAUAAUCUCCCAUCGGUGGAAUUCAGCGAAAACCAGAACUCCCCAUUCUUUUCUUUUUCUUUUGCUUUCCCUCUCCUUCUCUCUCUGCGUAUUUGAUAUCUUUAUCGGUAACGGCGAUGGCGGAAACAACGGUGUUCGACGGAGAAGCGGCGGAGAGAGUGGUGACGGAGCUGAGAGAGAGCUAUAAUUCCGGCAAAACCCGAAGCUACGAAUGGAGAGAGAAUCAACUGAAGAAUCUGUUGAAAUUGGUUUGUGAAAACGAAGAAGUGAUGGUUCAAACGGUUAAUUCCGAUCUUCAUAAACCCGAAUUCGAAGCCUUCGCUCAUGAGAUAGCUCUAUUAAAAGGUUCGUGUAAAUUGGCAAUUAAGGAACUCAGGCGUUGGAUGGCACCAGAAAAGGUUAAAUCUUCAAUUACCGUAUUUCCUUCGUCUGCUGCAAUUGUACCAGAACCUUUUGGCGUUGUCCUAAUCAUUUCAGCUUGGAAUUAUCCAUUCUUGUUAUCUCUCGAUCCUGUUGUUGGAGCAAUAGCAGCUGGCAAUGCUGUGGUUCUAAAGCCAUCAGAAAUUUCCCCAAGAACAUCAUCUUUGAUGGCAAAACUUUUAGAAAAAUAUUUGGAUACUUCUGCUGUAAAAGUUGUUGAGGGUGCUGUUCCCGAAACUCAGGCUUUGCUGGAGCAAAAGUGGGACAAAAUAUUUUACACAGGCAAUGGAAAAGUGGGGCGCAUCGUGAUGGCAGCUGCUGCCAAGCAUCUUACGCCUGUUGUUUUAGAGCUUGGAGGAAAAUCUCCCGUAGUAGUAGAUUCAAAAAUCAAUUUACAAGUUGCGAGUAGGCGGAUUAUAGCUGGCAAGUGGGGUUGUAACAAUGGACAAGCAUGCAUUGCUCCAGAUUAUGUCAUAACUACCAAAGAAUUUGCUCCAAAAUUGGUGGAGUGUAUGAAACAAGAACUGGAGAAAUUUUACGGAAAGAAUCCCUUGGAAACUAAAGAUUUAUCUCGCAUUGUGAAUGCUAACCACUUCGAUCGCUUGACAAGGCUCUUAGAUGAUGAUAAAAUUUCUGGCAAGAUUGUGCAUGGAGGCGAAAAGGACAAAUCCAAGCUGCAGAUUGCUCCCACCCUCUUAUUGGAUGUUCCUCGAGACUCACUAAUCAUGACGGAGGAGAUAUUUGGUCCCUUACUUCCUAUUCUCACGGUCGACAAAGUGGAGGACAGCUUUGACAUAGUGAACUCGGGCACAAAGCCACUUGCAGCAUAUUUAUUUACCAACAACAAGAAGCUCAAGGAACGAUUCGUGGCUUGUAUCUCUGCAGGGGGCGUGGCCAUCAAUGAGACCGCAUUACAUCUGACGAUUAGCACACUACCGUUCGGAGGAGUUGGGGAGAGUGGAAUGGGAGCUUACCAUGGGAAAUUCUCCUUUGAUGCAUUUAGCCAUAAGAAGGCUGUUCUUUAUCGAAGUUUUGCCGGUGAUGCGCCAAUGAGAUACCCGCCAUACACGAAGGGAAAGCUGAGAAUUCUUAAGGCUCUUCUUGGAGGUGGCAUAUUGGCACUCAUUCGUGCUUUACUUGGUUGGUCAUAAGCAUUGCACCUUAUCGCACUUUGUAACUUCUUUAUUUAUGUGUUCUUUCCUUGAUGCCUUUUCAAGUUUUUUCCCCCUCUCCUUUGUAUUCAAGUUUUUGUCAUAUUUACAGAAUCAGUAGUGCUUUGGUUGAAAUUGUAUAAUUAAUGAGAGAACAUAAGUAUAUUCAAUAAAAAUUAUGUUGGUAGGAGUUAUUCUACAAAUUUUUAAUCA